GUGCCCUGGCGCUCUGGGCCCUAAUCACCCAUGUGAUGUAUGUGCAGGAUUACUGGAGGACCUGGUUAAAAGGCCUGAGGUUCUUCCUCUUCAUUGGCAUCCUCUUCUCAGCCCUCUCCUUGGUGGGCUUCUGCACCUUCCUCGUCCUGGCCAUCACCCAGCACCAGUCUCUGACUGAUCCCAGGAGCUACUACCUGUCCUGUGUGUGGAGUUUCAUCUCCCUCAAGUGGGGGUUCCUGCUCAGCCUCUACGCUCACCGCUACCGCGCCGAGUUCGCCGACAUCAGCAUCCUCAGUGACUUCUGA